UUUAACUCAAGUCAAACGUCAAUCAUAUAACCUAAAAAUCAGUGUAUCAGUUCGCACGUGUUUAUAUUCUGUACAAAAACCGCAAUCAUGUUGAAAAGUGCCCUACUCGCGAAAUUAAACCCCGAAAAGAAAAUAAAGAGGAAAGAACCCCUCAAAUCAGCACCACUUAAAAAAGCAAUUGCUAAGAAAAUCAAAACAAAAACGAAACUUCCACCAGCACCGAGUCCUGAAGAAUACGAAUUCGGCGAAGAAAUCACCGAAUGGGCCGAAAAAUUCCGCAUAGAACCCACCAACGUACAAAAAAGUGUCGAAGGUCUCAUUAAAUUUACUUCUGAAAAUCCCAAGUUGAAAAAUAAUCUCUUCAGCGACGAACAGUUUCCCAUCUACAUCCAAAUUAAUAGCUUCAAAGUGCCCCGCAACCACUCUAGAAUAGCCCGCAUUCCUUUAAAACACUCAGUUUUCACUCCUGAUAGCGAGAUCUGUUUGAUUGUGGCCGACGUGAAGGGAAUUCCAAAUAAAAGCCAUGAACAACACCUGGAGCACUACGAGAAGUUACUGCGACAAAAAGGAGUCAACAACGUUAAGAAAAUCAUGACUUUUCACGAGUUCCGCACGGAUUAUGAAACCUUUGAGCUGAAAAACCGGUUGGUGGAGCUGUAUGAUGCAUUCUUGGUUGAUGGUAAAAUCAGUGGGAAAACUGUGAAAAAGUGUGGAAAAAUAUUUUACAAGAAACGUAAAAUUCCCACUGCUGUUAAAUUGCGGGCGACUAAAUUAAAAGAUCACAUUGACCAAACUUUGAGGAAAACGCCGCUGUAUUUGCAUUCAAAAGGGGACAGCUUUAUGGUGCAGAUCGGUCAUAGCGACAUGAAAGUGGAAGAGUUGGUGGAAAAUGCUUACUACGUCGUUAAUGGGUUAGACAAGGAAUUUCCAGGUGGUUUCGGAAAUGUGAGAAGCUUAAAUUUGCGUGCGCACCGAGGAUUAAGUAUUCCAAUUUACACAACUCUCAAAAGUCCAAAUGACGUUCAGCUCACAAAAAAUGUGAAAAAAGUGAAGAAGAAUGAAACCGUGUCAGAUGAACUGAGUACAAAAUUAAACACAGGAGUUGUGGUAACAUCCAAGGGAGAAGUUACUACAUUUAAGUUAAAUCAAAAGAAAAAUAAGAAUAAAGGUGUAUAAUUGUUAAUCUUUAUAAUUUUUAUUAAAGCAGAAUGACCGAUCUCUGUA